UGGACGGAAGUAUCCAACCCGCCAUUUUGAAAAUUUGGUACCAUCUGUCAAAAUAGAAAUAUAACAAUUUUAGCGCCUUUUCAGGCGUGCUUUAGCCAAAAUGACUUACGAUUUACCGUGUAUGUCAUACAUGGCAAUGUACCUAAUAUCUGUACACAUAGUCAACAGUAAUUCCCGUAGUUCUGUGGGCGCAAAUCACUGGAGACUGAAUGUGGAAGAGGGCAAAGUUUUGAAAGCCGAUGAUGAUCUGUUGUUUGGAAAUAAUCACGAAGUUGAUGACGAUGCGAUGUUUAGAAUUAUCACGAAUCAACGUAUAGAGGAUGGACAGUGGCUUGUCGACAGUCAGACGGAGUGUACAAUGUGUCAGGAAAUGGCAAACAACAAGAAAAACAAUGACAGAUCAAUGCUGACAGCAGAGCAAGAGAGUCCAAAGAAUGAUCAAAAUAAAAAGGCAACCACUGGUAAAGAUUCAGUAACCAAAGGAAACAAAAAACUGCUGACAUGUGGUAAACCUGCAAAUUUUACUCAGUACGACCAUCUCAGAGGUAUUACCCAACGUGGAGAGCACCCUCAUAUUCCUGAACCGGAGGUGGCCAUCAUGUUCCGGAAAAAGGGGGCGAAAGCUUCAUCUGAUGUAGAUAUGACCGAACUCGAGUCCAGAUUGAAAAAACUUAAAAAGCAGACCCCAAGAACACCAUCAACAUACUCACAGAUCGGAAACUUCUGGCGAAUAAAAGGCAACACUCAGCUGUCCAUAGAAUGUUUUCGAAAAGCAUUGGCAAUCUCCCCAAACAGCCCUGAUGUAUUGUUAUACCUCGCAAGAAUCUUGUUCAACCUCCAGUUUUUAGAUGAUGCCAUAUUUCUAACUCGAAGAUCACUAGCAAUGCAACCAGAAAAUGAAAACUCCUGGCACCAACAUUUCACCCUCGGAGAAAUUCUGAAGGCUUACGGUCAUUACCAAGAGGCUAGUCUACAUUUUCAGCAGGCCUUGAGGCUAAACCCGGGUUUCCAACGCGCGGAAGCACAUUUACGAGAUAUGGAGGGUACACCCAAUCCUUCUAUGACUCAAUACACUCUCUUUAUAAUUCUGUUUCUCAUUAUGGGCGUGGUUUUUGGGGUAAUAACAUCGAUGGAGGCCAAUUAUGAGGAAACCACAGAAGGAAAACCUCAGCGUCAUUUCAAUCGAGCAAUGGCUAUGAGGUCCAUGAAACUUGGUAUAAACCCAAGACUUAUUAGAAUGAGAAAAAUGAACGGAGUGUAAUACUCUGUAUUGAUCAACAUGUAUAGGCUUAGUUUUAUAAACAAAAUUAUUGUGCUAUUGUUUGUUUUAAAUAAUGCUAGUCUUCCCCAUAUGAUGGAACCAUAUUGAUUAUAUGCUUAAAGUCUUUACAGUUUAUGAGAGCAAAAUACAUUUCAAGUGUAAUAAAUGGUUUAAAAUGCAGAAUAAGUAUAGUAAUAAGUAUAUUUUAGAUGACAGAAAACUUGUAAACAUCAUUCAAACAUUUUUUGCAUUGACACUUUUAGCCAAAACAGUAAUAUAUUAUACAGUUGUUAAGAUAUUUGUUUGGCCAAAUCUUCAUGAAAAGGACAUUUUUGAGUGAUUGUAACUAGCACUAGUCUGGGCUUACUGUAUGUGGAGUUGAAAAUAUCUUUGUUUUGUCGUAAUGCGUACUGUAACAUUGUUUAUGUACACAUGUAUAUUUUGGGCUUGUUGGUUAUAUUCUUAUAGCAAUAUAAGUAAAUAGCUUUGGGGCCUUUUAUAACAAAUCUUAAUUAGGGUGACUAAUCUUUUGUAAGGGAGUCAUUAUAGAAACUACCUCCAAUAAAUUUUUUAUUAACUUUGAAAUACAACAUAAUAUGUACUUGUGCAUAAUCGGCCAAAAAAGAAUUGUCAAGAAGUUUCAGGGUACAUUUCUAUAAGUAUGGUGUCUUUUACUACUGACUAGUAAUACAAUGUGCAUUAUUUUUAUAUCUAUUUACAUUUAACUGUGUUUCUGAUUAUUAGUUUUAUUCAAAAACAUAGAAUAUGUCUGAUCUUAAGUCCGAGUGAAAAAAAGCUGUACUGAAGGAUAAUUCUUUUGUUAAAUAACUUGCCAUUUUGGACAAUUUACUACCACUCUUAUCUGCAUUAAGGACUAUCAUUUUAUUUCUAUGAAACAGACUAUUGCUAUUCUUGAAUCGUCUAGAACUGACCAAAACAUUCAUUGGAAUAUUUUGAUUUGUGGUAGACAGUUAUAUUUCGGUGCCAGUCUGGAAGUCUUCCAAUUUCAUUUCUAAUCAUAAAAUGUACCUGUAUUUUUGUAAUCUACAUUGUCGAAUACCUGUGACUGAACCAUUCCAUUACUUUACAUUUAUUUAUGAAGAGUAACAGAAAGGGUCAGUCUUGGGUACUUUAUCCGAAAAUGAUAAUCUGUAGUGGGAUUCACUUGCUACAGAAUUUCAAGAGUUUGCUUCAAAAAUCAGUUUUGAGGAAGAAAUUUAUUAUAUGCAAUAAUUGAUGAUGUUUAAUGAUGAAAAUUGAUGUCUAGAAUUUGAAUUACAUUUUCAAUUUUUAUAUUUCAAAGUAAAGUACACUCACCAGUUGUUAAUUGUGCACAUGUGCUUUUUGGUGAUUCAUUUGGCCAUUGAUAUUAUUAAAGUUUGUUUCUUUACUGUAAUGAACAAUAAAUGUGCGUUAUUCAAAACA